CCUCCACUUCCAGGGCCGGGCUUCUCCUCACACCAGCCAGACAGCCUACCCUCCACCCAGGGGAAGCAGCUGCCUCCGCCAGGCCACUUCCAGGAAGCCCCGGGCCGGGCCCCAGCAUUGUUCAGGUCCGCAGUCAGCACCCCAGCCAGCCGGACAUCAUGAAGUCCAGCGGCCCCGUGGAGAGGCUGCUCAGAGCCCUGGGGAGGAGGGACAGCAGCCGGGCCAGCAACAGGCCCAGGAAAGCUGAGCCACACAGCUUCCGAGAGAAGGUCUUCCGGAAGAAGCCACCAGUCUGUGCAGUGUGUAAGGUGACCAUCGAUGGGACUGGCGUCUCCUGCAGAGUUUGCAAGGUGGCAACACAUAGAAAAUGUGAAGCAAAGGUGACUUCGUCCUGUCAGGCCCUGCCCCCUGCGGAGCUGCGGAGAAACACGGCCCCUGUGAGGCGCAUAGAGCACCUGGGAUCCACCAAGUCUCUGAACCACUCAAAGCAGCGCAGCACUCUGCCCAGGAGCUUCAGCCUGGACCCGCUUAUGGAGCGCCGCUGGGACUUGGACCUCACUUACGUGACGGAGCGGAUCCUGGCCGCCGCCUUCCCCGCGCGGCCCGACGAACAGCGACACCGGGGCCACUUGCGCGAGCUGGCUCACGUGCUGCAAUCCAAGCACCGCGACAAGUACCUGCUCUUCAACCUUUCAGAGAAAAGACAUGACCUGACCCGCCUAAACCCCAAGGUCCAGGACUUCGGUUGGCCUGAGCUACAUGCACCCCCGCUGGACAAGCUGUGUUCCAUCUGCAAAGCCAUGGAGACGUGGCUCAGUGCUGACCCACAGCAUGUGGUCGUACUGUACUGCAAGGGGAGCAAGGGCAAGCUCGGGGUCAUCGUCUCUGCCUACAUGCACUACAGCAAGAUCUCUGCAGGGGCAGACCAGGUACUGGCCACGCUCACCAUGAGGAAGUUCUGCGAGGACAAGGUAGCGGCAGAGCUACAGCCCUCCCAGCGCCGAUACAUCAGCUACUUCAGCGGCCUCCUGUCUGGCUCCAUCAGGAUGAACAGCAGCCCUCUCUUCCUGCACUACGUGCUCGUGCCUGUGCUGCCAGCCUUUGAACCUGGCACUGGCUUCCAGCCCUUCCUCAAGAUCUACCAGUCCAUGCAGCUGGUCUACACCUCUGGAAUCUACCACAUCACAGGCCCUGGGCCUCAGCAGCUUUGCAUCAGCCUGGAGCCAGCCCUCCUCCUCAAAGGCGAUGUUAUGGUGACCUGCUAUCACAAGGGUGGCCGGGGGACAGACCGGACCCUGGUGUUCCGAGCCCAGUUCCACACGUGCACCAUCCACGGGCCACGACUCACUUUCCCCAAGGACCAGCUAGAUGAGGCCUGGGCUGAUGAGAGGUUCCCCUUCCAAGCCUCAGUGGAGUUUGUCUUCUCCUCCAGCCCUGAAAAGAUCAAAGGCAACACUCCACGGAAUGAGCCUUCGGUCUCUGUUGACUACAACACCGCGGAGCCCGCUGUGCGCUGGGAUUCCUACGAGAACUUCAACCAGCACCACGAGGACAGUGUGGACGGCUCCCCAACCCACACCCGAGGACCCCUGGAUGGCAGUCCUUACGCCCAGGUGCAGCGGGCCCCCCGCCAGACCCCGCCAGCGCCCUCUCCGGAGCCACCUCCACCCCCCAUGCUCUCUGUCAGCAGUGACUCUGGCCAUUCGUCCACGCUGACCACGGAGCCCGCAGCCGAGUCACCUGGCCGGCCGCCCCCAACAGCUGCUGAGCGGCAGGAGCUGGACCGCCUCCUGGGUGGCUGCGGCGUGGCCAGUGGGGGCCGGGGAGCUGGGCGAGAGACAGCCAUCCUAGACGACGAAGAGCAGCCCCCCACGGGUGCAGGCCCGCCCCUUGGGAUGUAUUCAGGCCACAGGCCUGGCCUCAGCCGCCACUGCUCCUGCCGCCAAGGCUACCAGGAGCCCUGUGGGGUCCCCAAUGGGGGCUACUACCGGCCGGAGGGCACCCUGGACAGGCGGCGGCUGGCCUACGGGGGCUACGAGGGGCACCCCCAGGGCUACACCGAGGCCUCCGUGGAGAAGAGGCGCCUCUGCCGAUCACUGUCUGAGGGGCCAUAUCCCUACCCUCCCGAGCUGGGGAAACCAGCCACCGGGGACUUCGGCUACCGGGCCCCGGGCUAUCGGGAGGUGGUGAUCCUGGAGGACGCCGGGUUGCCUGCACUGUGUUCGUGCCCUGCCUGUGAGGAGAAGCUGGCGCUGCCCACUGCAGCCCUAUACGGGCUGCGGCUGGAGAGGGAGGCCGGAGAGGGGUGGGCAGGCGAGGCCGGCAAGCCUCGCUUGCACCCGGUACGGACGGGGCACCCGCUGCCCCUGCUGGUGCCUGCCUACGGCCAUCACCAUGCCCCGAUGCCCGACUACAGCUGCCUGAAACCCCCCAAGGCGGCUGAGGACGGGCAUGAGGGCUGCUCCUAUGCCAUGUGCCCUGAGAACAGGUAUGGGCACCCAGGGUACCCUGCCCUGGUGACCUACAGCUAUGGAGGAGCGGUUCCCAGUUACUGCCCAGCAUACGGCCGGGUGCCCCACAGCUGUGGCUCUCCAGCUGAGGGCAGAGGGUACCCCAGUUCUGGCGCCCACUCUCCACGGGCUGGCUCCAUAUCCCCAGGCAGCCCGCCCUACCCACAGUCCAGGAAGCUGAGUUACGAGAUUCCUGCGGAGGAGGGAGGGGACAGGUACCCCAUGCCUGGGCACCUGGCCCCAGCAGGCCCCUUGGCAUCUGCAGAGUCCCCUGAGCCAGGCUCUUGGAGGGAGGGCCCAAGCGGGCACAGCACCCUACCUCGGUCUCCCCGUGACGCUCCGUGCAGUGCCUCUUCUGAGCUGUCUGCGCCUUCCACACCCCUGCACACCAGCAGCCCAGUCCAGGGCAAGGAAAGCACCCGACGGCAGGACACCACGUCGUCCCCCACCUUGGUGCCCACUCAGAGACUAAGUCCUGGCGAGGCCUUGCCAUCUGUUCCCCAGGGAGGCGCUGAAAAGGCUCCCGAGCUGCCAGGAAGAAGCGGGCUAGAGCUUCCGGUGCCUAGCCCCUUCUCCCCAACCUCCCCGCCCAGCUCACCCAGUGACUGGCCUCAGGAGAAGAGCCCUGGGAGCCGCUCCGAUGGUGCCAGUCCGAGGGGCCCCGUGCCCACCACGCUGCCUGGCCUCCGCCAUGCCCCCUGGCAGGGACUUCGAGAUCCCCCAGAUAGUCCGGAUGGGUCCCCCCUCACUCCUGUGCCUACCCAGAUGCCCUGGCUCAUGGCCAGUUCAGAGCCAUCUCAGAGCUCACCCACGCCUGCCUUCCCCCUGGCUGCCUCCUAUGACAUCAAUGGCCCCACCCAGCCCCCACUUCCCGAGAAGCGCCACUUGCUGGGACCUGGGCAACAGCCAGGACCCUGGAGCUCAGAGCAGGCAUCACCACCAGCCAGAGGCACCAGUCACCAUGUCACCUUUGCACCUCUGCUCUCGGAUAAUGUCCCCCAGCCCCCAGAGCCUCCUAUGCAAGAGAGCCAGAGCAACGUCAAGUUCGUCCAGGAUACAUCCAAGUUCUGGUACAAGCCACACCUGUCCCGUGACCAAGCCAUUGCUCUACUGAAAGACAAGGAUCCUGGGGCCUUCCUGAUCAGAGACAGUCAUUCAUUCCAAGGAGCCUAUGGAUUGGCACUCAAAGUGGCCACACCGCCACCCAGCGCCCAGCCCUGGAAAGGGGACCCCUUGGAACAGCUGGUCCGCCAUUUUCUCAUUGAAACUGGGCCCAAAGGGGUGAAGAUCAAGGGCUGUCCCAGUGAGCCCUACUUUGGCAGCCUGUCCGCCCUGGUGUCCCAGCACUCCAUCUCCCCGCUGUCCCUGCCCUGUUGCCUGCGCAUUCCCAGCAAAGAUCCUCUAGAGGAGACCCCAGAGGCCCCAGUGCCCGCCAACAUGAGCACAGCCGCAGACCUCCUCCGUCAGGGUGCUGCCUGCAGUGUGCUCUACCUGACCUCAGUGGAGACGGAGUCACUGACGGGCCCCCAGGCAGUGGCCCGGGCCAGCUCAGCAGCUCUGAGCUGCAGCCCCCGGGCCACCCCAGCAAUCGUCCACUUCAAGGUCUCGGCCCAGGGCAUUACACUGACAGACAACCAAAGGAAGCUCUUCUUUCGCCGCCAUUACCCAGUGAACAGCAUCACCUUCUCCAGCACAGAUCCUCAGGACCGGAGAUGGGCCAACCCUGACGGGACAACCUCCAAGAUCUUUGGUUUCGUGGCCAAGAAGCCGGGAAGCCCCUGGGAGAAUGUGUGUCACCUCUUUGCAGAGCUUGACCCAGAUCAGCCUGCAGGUGCCAUUGUCACCUUCAUCACCAAAGUCCUACUGGGCCAGAGAAAGUGAAGGCAGGCCACAAGCUCAGAGCCCACCUCAACACCGCACGCCUCUCAGCACCCCACAGUCCUCACUUCCCCUGGCCCGGGCGCAGGAGACCCAGGAGCCAGCCACCAGCCCCCAUAGGAAGGGGUAAUGGGCCUCAGCCUGGGACACUGCUCUCCUUCCCUGCCCCAGCCUGCUAAGCCAACUGGAUAGGCCUGUGAGAUGACUUUGCAUGUGAGCAGAUGGCAGAGAUGGGCGUGUGAAGGGUGAGGAGGCAGCAGUUGGAACCCUGGAGGGGAUCUCUGGACAGCCCCGCCUGCAGGAGAACAUCAGCCUGGAGGGUGAACCGGGCCUGCCAGCUCUGCCCAGUGGCAGGUCCCAGCCUGGCAGGGAGAGGCGUAAGAGGUGAGGAGAGCAAGGCACUCCCUCCUCUGCCUCCCCCCACCGAGCAGAGAGAUCAGAGUGGGAUCACAUGAAUAGGGGGAAAAAAAAAGAGUCUAUUUUUGUCUAAUAAAGAAUUUCUAUAACAUUA